CCGCCCGGCGCUCGCUCUUCCUUUUCCGCCGGGGCGCGCUACGGCAGAUGGUCCUAUGCCCGGGGUGCUAAUGAAAUCAAGGUGUGGUGCUGGAAAUGAACUGGUACAACUUCUAGAAGAGAAGGUGUGGUCCCCCUCGACCCCCAUCAAUAACUGAGUCCCCGAGGGCGGGGGCAAGUGGCGCCUUCUUCGGCUGAAACAAGUAAGAUUAUUUCCUCGGCUGAGGACUUCAUUAAACCUUUCUCUCGUUCCGUCUCCCUCUCUUCCUUAAAAUCUCAUAAGUCACAAAUAAUCCAAAAACUUCCUUCCCCUUGUCCUUCUGUUGUUAUUGACAUGUCUGCCCAAGAAAAAUCAGCCAAUUGCCCCAAGAAACACAGGUCCCUCUACCCCUCUUUGCCUGAUCGCUCAGAGGAUACCUCUCCCUCCCCAAAACAGGACCUCACCUUCCCCGUUCUUAAAAAAUCAAAUUCCUCUGAUCAAUUAGACCCUUCAGAGGAGGGUACUGACUGGCCACAAAAUACUCUUGCCCUCAAUAAUCUCCCACCCUAUCCCUCUGCUCCCAAUCUUUGUGCCCUGGCCUUCCGUCUCCAAGCAUCUCAAACUGAGCUACUUUUGCAAGCCAAGGAGAGCUUAUCCAAACAAGUUGCCGACCUCAAGGAGAUCCUUUCUUUACAAAAACAAUAUGCAGACCUCUUCACUGAGCUCUCCUCCCUCCAAAAGACUUUCAAGGAGACACUUUUCGCUAGUCCUCCUCAAAAACAUCAACCCAAGCCCUCCAAAAGACACAGGUCUUCCUCAAAAGCUAAGUUCCCCUUAGGCUUCCCUGUUAACACGAGGCAAAGGGCUCGAGAGGUCCCGUCUUCUGACGAUGACUCCACUUGUCAUAAUGAGGACGAGGAGUCUGAUCAAGAAGAGGACAAGACUAAGGAGGGUGAAUAUAAAAGACUUAAAUUUAAACUGCUUAGAGAUCUCAACAAUGCAGUUAGGACUUAUGGGCCCACUGCCCUGUUCACAGUGUCUAUACUUGAGGCCCUCUCUGGGGGAGGAUACCUUACCACAGCCGAAUGGUUCAGAGUUACCCAGGCAGUCCUUCCUCGGGGACAGUUCCUAUCCUGGAAGGCCGACUUCAUGGAUAGGUGUCGAACUCUCGCGGCCCAAAACCAAAAAAAACCCUCGGGCCCCAGAGGCUGCUUGGACCUUUGAUAAACUCACUGGUCAGGGAAAGUUCCUGUCAGAAAGCCGACAACUUAAGUUGCCUACAGGCCUCCUGGCCCAGGUCAAAGAGGCCGCCUUCGGCGCAUGGAGAGCUGUUCCUACAAAAGGAUCACUUACUACGCCACUGACCAAAAUUAUUCAGGGCCCUCAAGAACCCUACAGUGACUUUGUGGGCAGACUUUUAGAAACGGCGGAAAGGGUGUUGGGGCCUGAAGAGGCUAAUGGCAAAUUUUUAAAACAGGUGGCUUAUGAAAAUGCUAAUUCAGCUUGUAAAGCUAUUCUUAGAGGGCAUAGAAAAAAUAAGACGCUUGAUGAUUUUGUUAGGCUCUGCGCCGAUGUAGACACCUUUUCCCACAGAAUUUCUCAGAGUAUACAUCUAGCAGUGAGGGCUGCCCUGCAAGCUGCCAAUCCUCCCCCUAAGGGCUGCUUCAGAUGUGGCCAGCUCCGGCAUUUUGCCAGACAAUGCCGCAAAGUACAAGGCUCUCGGCAUCCUUCCAUUGGGCCAACUAAUGCCCCCAUGCGGGCUCUUAAUAAACCUAUGCCUGCCACAAUUUGCCCUAAAUGUAAGAGGGGAAAACAUUGGGCUAAUCAAUGCCGUUCCAAAACAGAUGCAUUUGGAAAUCCACUCACCCCUUCAUGGAAACCGGUGGAGGGGUCAGUCUAGGACAGGCACAAGUCUCCCUUCAAAAUCCUCCAGUCCCUUACCCUCUGUCACCGCAGGAAACGCAGGACUGGACCUGUGUGUGCCUCCUCCAACACAAUAUUAUAUUAACACCUGAGAAUGGCGUACAGAUCCUUCCCACGGGUAUUUCUGGGCCCCCCCUCCCAGCAUGUUUUACCUUAUUCUUGGGCGGGCAUCUUCCACCUUAAAGGGCCUCGCCAUACAUCCUUCCGUGGUCGGCAACGACUAUACUGGAGAGAUUAAAAUUUUGGCUAGCGCUACUCUAGGUCCCAUUUGUCUUUCUAAAGGACAGCGAAUUGCACAGGCUCUUCCCCUUCCUUUACAUGGCCAAUAUCCGGCCUUAGGUGGGCCCCGUGGGGUAACUGAGCCAGGGUCUUCUGAUAUCUAUUGGAUCCAGGCCAUUUCGAGGGAUCGGCCUACCUUGCACCUUUAGUUAGACAAAAAAUGGUUCGUAGGCAUUGUAGGCACUGGGGCAGAUGCCACGGUCCUUUCUAAGGAUCAUUGGCCUUCGGCUUGGCCCCUACAACCUUCCCUGACUCACCUGCAAGGCAUUGGCCAAUCUAAAAAUACCUUACAAAGUUCUAAAAUUUUGACCUGGGAGGACUCCGAGGGAAACUCUGGUGCAGUCCAGCCAUAUGUGGUUGAGUCCCUCCCUGUUAACCUAUGGGGCUGAGAUAUCCUUGCCCAGAUGAAAUUAAUGAUGUGUAGCCCCAGUGAAAUAAUUGCUAGUCAGAUGUUACAUCAAGGCUUCUUGCCCGGUCAGGGCCUGGGAAAAAAUAAACAAGGUAUGACCCAGCCUGUUGUCAUUCAACAAAAAUCUGACCGCUCAGGGCUAGGGUUUCAAAUUUUUUCCUAAGGGCCAUUGCGCCUCCUGCACUACAGGCAGAUAAAAUCACUUGGAAGAGUGAUGCCCCUGUCUGGGUAGAUCAGUGGCCCAAUGGCCCCUCUCCUCUAUAAAACUGACAGCGGCCUUAGAGUUAGUGCAGGAACAACUGGCCGCUAGACAUAUUGAGCCUUCCACAUCUCCUUGGAAUACACCCAUCUUUGUUAUACAAAAAAGGUCAGGAAAAUGGAGACUCCUACAAGACCUUCGAGAGAUUAAUAAAACCAUGAUUCCCAUGGGGGCUUUACAACCGGGCCUACCCUCCCCGGUCGCCAUUCCUAAGGGCUAUUUUAAAAUAGUCAUUGAUCUCAAAGAUUGUUUUUUAUCCCUCUCCAUCUGGAGGAUUGCAAGUGCUUUGCGUUUAGUCUUCCCAUUACAAAUUUCAUCGGGCCUGUGCUAUGCUUCCAAUGGAGGGUUUUACCAUUGGAAAAAUGGUAUAUAGUCCCAUGGCUAAUAGUCCCACCCUUUGUCAAAAAUUUGUUGCUCAGGUUGUAGACCCCUUUCGCCUUCGCUUUCCCUCCCUCUAUGUCACUCAUUAUAUGGAUGACAUUCUUUUGGUGGGCCCCGAUGUUAAACAAUUACAUUCUGCCUCCCAACAACUUGUGGCUGCCCUUCAACAAUGAGGCCUCCUAGUUUCUCCAGAUAAGGUUCAACUAAGCCCCCCUCACCUGUUUUUGGGUUUUGAGCUCUUUCCCCAUAAAAGUUUCCCAAAAAAUACAGUUAAAGAAAAAUUCCCUUUGAACCCUUAAUGAUUUUCAACGACUUCUGGGUGAUAUUAAUUGGCUGCAGCCUUAUUUAAAAAUAACCACAGGAGAACUUAAGCCUCUUUUUGACAUCCUCAGGGGAGAUUCUGACACACACACACACACACACACACACACACACACACACACACACACACACCCGUCAAUUGACCCCAGAGGCCAUCCAGGCUCUCUCCCCAUUGUUGUAAAUAAUACCUUCACUUACCUCUAUGCACCUAAUGAUACCUAUCUUGCCUGCUCAUCUGGGUUGACUCCUUUUAUUGUUUCUGAUACCUUACUUAAAAACAAGGAUUACUGUGUGCUUGUUCAGCUCUUCCCCCACCUUACAGUCCAUUCACCAGAUGAAUUCCUGAGAUUUUGGGAAGAGGACUCAUUCCGUCCAGAGUCAAAAGGGAACCUGUCACUGCUGUCACCAUCGCUGUGCUCCACAGUCUGGGAGCAGCCGGGGCAGGUACCAGGAUUGCUUCACUGGUUACAUCCCAACAACAGUAUCAUCAACUCAGCACAGCCAUUGAUCGUGACGUUCAGGAGUUUCAAAGUUCCCUAGCCUAUCUCAAAGAGUCCUUCUCCUCUCUUGCAGAAGUAGUGUUACAAAGUAGAUGAGGCCUAGAUUUGGUUUUUCUCCAACAGGGAGGCCUCUGUGCAGCCCUCAAAGAAGAAUGCUGCUUUUAUACUGAUAAAACAGGGUUGGUGGAAGACAGUCUUAAGAGAGUCCGAGAAAGCUUAGAAAAAAGACAGCAAGAUAGAGAAAAAAGCAAAGCUUGGUACAAAAAUUGGUUUUCCGCCUCCCCCAUGUUAACAACUCUUUUACCCAGCAUUCUUGGGCCCCUUGUUGGCCUUCUGCUUCUUACCUCGUUUGGGCCAUGGGCCUUUAAAAGACUCACUGAUCUCGUUAAGAGUCAGGUGGAUUCAGCUGUUAAUAGGCCAGUUCAUUAUCAUUGCCUUAACAUAAGCGAUAGUGACCCUGACUGUUACGAUGAGCCUCCCCUCUCACUAAAAACGGGCCUUGACUUUUCGUUGCUCAGCCACAAACAAAAAACAGGCUGGAGCCUCAGCUGAUUGUGGAGACAUCAAUGACAGGAGUAGCCUGACGCCAUGCACCAGAGGCACACCCCCCAACAGCUGUGGGGUCCUCAAUGACGGGAUUAGCAUGGGUCCGCAGGCCAGAAGCACACCCCUCGGAGGGUGCUGGACGUGGGUGCAACUCAUGUAGCCUAAGACAGAGGCUCCACCUUUUAUUAAAGGGUGCUGGUCAUGGAGGCACAUCAUGUAGCCUAAGACAGAUGCUCCACAGAAGUAAAAAUAAAAGGGGGAAAUGUCCGGGACUGACCUCAAGCUAAGAUAACUACCUUAGGUAGUUAAAAUUCCUUGGUUGAUUGCAAACAUCCCUUGCGCAAACAUUUAGAUUAGAAUCUGUCCCGAGCAAAGAAUAGGCACGCACUUUCCAAGAAAAACUGCAAAAUGUUUCUUCCCAGGCCAGUUUAGAUAAGCUGCGCCCCCACCCUGUUUGCCAACUUCCUGACAACAGUGCUUAUAAGAUGUAAGACUUCCUCUAAUA